AUGGACGCGUCCAUGGACAUUGAUAUGGAUCUGGACCUCGGUCCUCUCCCAGAAUCUGAAGUCAUUGAAACGGAACAAACCCUCCACACUUUCACAACCACAACAGACGGCUCGGUCAUCGAUCCACAAACAGCAGAGGCCCAAUACGAAAAAGUCCACAUUCGCGGUGUCGACGAGUUAGCAACGGACAAUAUCAAAGAAUUCGUAAUUUCGCACUUUCCCCUCGAGCAACCCUCUCGAAUCGAGUGGAUAGAUGAUACCUCAGCGAACAUUGUCUACUCGACACCCGAGAUCGGACUACAGGCCCUGGCGGCGCUUACACACGAUGGCGAGCUGGAAACAAAUGGCGACGGGGCGACGCCGACCGCGGCUGGGGAGAUUCCAGCCCUUCGACUCCGGUCGGCCAAGGUGCUUGCUUCGCACCCGGACUCCGUACUGCAGGUGCGGUCGGCUGUAAAGACCGACAAAAAGAAGCCGCGCGCCCACGAGGCGAGCCGAUUUUACAUGAUGCAUCCCGAGCAUGAUCCUCGGGAGCGGGUGCGGAACGAGUUCGCGUCGGACAGGCGGCGAAGCAGCCGCUCGGGGGAAAGUGAUGGGGAUUAUCGGCGCAGAAGAUUCGACGAUCGAGAACUGCGCCGGCGCCGCGACCGCGACCAUGAAGACAAUAAUAGAUUCUCGGCCAACAUGUAUGAUGACUCGGGGCCAGCAAGUGCUGCUGACCAGUCGGACGGGGAUCGUGGGCGGAGAAGAGGGAGAAGUGGGCGCCGCGAGCGCCAGCCGGACCUGUUCUCCAAAGAUUCCAGCGCAUCAGGGCGGUUGCGCAACCGUAGCGGGUCGCCCGGUCGCGAUACACUGAUGCAAGAAGGCGGAUAUAUCGACGAAAAGCAAGAGUCGCGACGACGAUUCCGCGAGCGCACGCCGCAGCCGGCCCGGCGCAAUCAAGGUCGCGAGCUCUUUGCUUCGGACAGUGACUCGCGCGAACUCUUCCCGAACAAGACCGCAGACACCUAUCUCAAGAAAGAGCUGUUCCCUGGCAAAGUCAGCAACCACCGCCGGUCCGACGCUAUCGACGCCGCCGACGAAACGGCCGACCUCUUCGCCCGGCGUAUUUCUAUCCCGCUUGUCGACGGCGCACACGACACUGACUCCGGACGUAACCGCAAUGUCGAGCUCUUCCCCGGUUCCAAGUCUUCUGGCGUCAACAUCCGCGGCUCAGCCCGCAAUGAAGAUCAGGGUUAUGCGAUCCGCGGCGCCGCGGACAACGGAAUCUCCAUCAAGGGACGGGGUGGCGCAGCUGUUCGCGAGCUGUUCCCGUCAAAAUUCAACUCAAAUGCUGGCAAGGAGCUGUUUACCGAUAAGCUCGAGGGGAGGGGCGGACCGCGCAGGAGGGCGGAGGAUAUGUUCACUUGA